AUGCACCACAUUGCUUUACUAUUGCAAUUUGCGUUGCUCAAUAAUUAUUAUUUUGUUCAGAUUCAAGCACUGACCAUCAGUUCACAGCUUCCACAAGAAAGUUUAACAGGUGCUUCAUUAACCUCCCACACCAGUCAUCCAACAACAGUCCAACACUACUCUCAAAAUAUAGGCGUGCAACCAACCAUGACUUCCUUUCCACAACACUUACUUAAAGACUUGCCAGAUUGGGUUCAGAUCUUACUUGGUACACUCUGUUUCAUUGGCGCGUUACAGUCGCUUGUAUACACUUUUAUUGUUGCCGUCAAAACUAUAUCAUCAAAACGACUGCAUGAAUCAGCAAUUUCGCGCUGGAAUACAUAUGCACGAAAGACUAUGUUUAUGCUACUGUUUGUAUGCAUCAGAGCCAGUCUUGCAGUCCCCACUUUAAUCAUUAUUGCCGAUUGGAUUUCAUUUUUCUCUGCCGACAUUUUGCGCACAAUCUUGCAGAUAUAUCUCUGGAUUUUUGCUGGUGUAUUUGCCACGACUACAUUAAUGCACACCAUCACACAUCUUAUGGCAGCACCCUCUACUCUUUACUACAUUCCCGAUCAAAACAUGAUGGCAGAAGCUCGUAACCGGGCACCAGAUACUACUGUUCCAGAUAUCUAUGUAAUUCUCACAGUUAUGCCUCAGCCCAUAUCCACAUUUAACCGCACGUUGAAAUCUAUCAUCCGUACUGACUACCCAGGACAGCGUCUUUUUGUCAUUGCCCUGUUUCAUCCAAGAGCCAAACCUGGUCUUAACACUUGUUUAUUGCAUGUUUUGGGUGUGCAUGCUAUGGCUCCUGAACGUCCUUAUGCAGCUCGAAUCAACACUAAUGCUCAUUUGAUAUGCUUUUGGUCUCGUGCAAAACAUCAUAGAGACAUGCAGCGUCAAGGGCUAUUUCUUAUUCAGUCUCAGUCUCGCCACGAUCCAUCCCGUUUAUCCAAAUCUGUGGUAGUGCUUACAGACGGUACAGGCGUGUUUUCUCCUGAUUUUCUUCGUCGUGGUGCUUCUUCGCUCACUAAAGCACCUGCUUCCUGUAUGGCCAUGUCGGGGUUUAAUGCAUCAACAAGCUAUGAAGAUUGGGAAACUCGACAAAAUCGAAGUUUACUUGUUGAUUCAGAUGCGACCUACCAAGCUCUUUUUCCAUCGGUAUUCAAAUCUGUUACAGAUGGAUGCAUGUCUUUAUCACCUUCGGCAGUGUUUAUUCGCUUUCUUGCGUUUAAAGCAAUAGAACGAUCUUACUUUGCAAGCUCAGUUUCAUAUACAGUGCGCGACUUGCAUCUGAUGUAUGCUGAUUGGACCAAAUAUUUAUCAACAGUGCUGAUGGAAAGGUUUGGCCAAGGGUGUAUUGGGUUUGGGUUUCUUUUACAGCCUUUGGUUUUGGGUGAUUGUGGAGAACAUGCUGAUGGAUCACUAGUUCAACAGUUUUGGUCAUUGGUGGCAAAUCAAACAUCGUAUUUGGUAUCCACACCACAUUUGGUAACCUCGCCCAUUGUGGCUAUAGAAGUAGCAUGGGAACUGUGCACUGCUCAAGUAUCGGUUGUUUUUGCCACUGUAGUAGUGUUGUGUAUGGUUGUUGGUGUAAUGCCCUUGAUUCCGCUUCUAUCCUUACCGGCUGCUUUUGGUAUCAAGAUUUUGCUGACUGCGGUGUGGUGUGCUGUUCGUGGCCGGCUCGCGUUGGGCUUGUUUUCUGCACUGUAUCUUUCAUUGGUACGGCCAAUGAUCUCACUCUGUGUGCUGAUUGCAAGUUUCCUAACGUGGACUGUACGAUUUGAUCAAUAUGAAAAAAUUCAAACCGAGAUUGUGCCCAUUCCAGUUUCCAAUAAGCUAAAAGAUAGUAAAUUGACGAUUGCACCGACAUUGACACGUACAUCUUGCAAUCAAUUUUCAGCUCUUAAACCCAGGUCUAAUGGCGAGGUUCGAUCAGACUGUACUACAUCUCAAAAAUUGGUACAUCCGCCUCAGAACGAGACGCUGCCUUGUUUAGCACAUAAUGAUACGCUUAAACGACAACCAAUUCACCGCAAUAUUCCAUCCACACAUCGAUUUAUGUUGCAAGAUGUAUACAAUGGCACUAAUUCGUCAGUUUUGGUUUCACAUAACACAGACAGUCCAUUGCUCCCUCAACGUGCUGCAGGUGUAUCAUCUAAUAUGCUUAUUGGUCGCGAUCGUGCUGUUGGCAUGUCGUUACGACCAUCAGCCGGAGUGGCAUCUCCACUAUGUAUGUCUGGUAUUUCCGUUGUUAGUAUCCCCGAUACUGCAGAAGCCGCCAGUUCAUCUGCAAUAAGUGCUGCAAAGGCUUCCAACCAUACUGUUUAUGGCAAACCUCAAGAUUCGAAUUCCACAUUGUGUGUAAGGGCAGAUGGCAACACAGUUCCAAUCUCUACUAUCAACAAACCAGCCUAUAAUACGGCGAAUCGUGAUAUUACAAACUCGGUGACUAAACCAACAUCAUCAGCACUACUUCAGACUGAUCAUAACCCAUAUGCAUAUACAAGUGUACUUCAGCCUAGGCUUUUUGCUCCAAUUAACCGUGAAUUGACAUUAGAUGUUCCUCCUGAUCGGUGGCGACAGCUUCAAUCAAAACCAGUGACUACUCAAUCUGUAGCUUCUGACUGGAGAAAUGCUGUUUGGAUUGGAGGCACUGCUUCGCAUAGAUAG